ACCUUUCCGUAUCAUAAGAAGCUUAUUUUGGUCAGAAGAAGAGGACAAGUUUACUCAAGGGACACACUAUGAUAAAUAUAUUGAUAUCAUUCAAUAGUUCUACGUAUCUUUGGUCUUCUUUUUAGAAAAUGUUGAAUAAUUUCCCUGCGUACGAGAGCCAACCAACCACUUGUUAAUGGGAACAAGAGCUGUGACGUCAACAACCAUCAUGGCGGCCGGGAAUGGGAAGGAAAAUUCGCGCUGAAGGACUGGAAGGCUGCCAAGGUUUCUGCAAGUUCUGAGGAAGAAAGGUCGCCAAGUGCUGUUCCUGUCCCCUGUGCUGUAGCAUUGCUGUACCACUGCUGUACCACUGCUGUUCCAUUGCUGUACCACUGCUGUCUCAUUGCUAUUCUGUUGCUGUUCCAUUGCUGAAAUAUUGCUGUCAAUAUGGACAGUUACAGACCGUCCUACGGUGAGUCAUACGACCGGUUUGUUCGGGACGAGGGAAACACCUCGGGAGUCAGUAAGAUCCAGAAGGAGUACUGGCAGACAAAACAGAAACUCAUCAAGAAGUUUGGGAAGAAGGAAGAUGAGUUUGUGGUGGCCGGAGACGCUGAUGUGGACUCAAAACUAGAGGUGUUCCGCUCCAUCCAGAAGUCGUGUAUGGACUUGUUAAGAGUUAUAGAGAAAUACCAGGACAACUUGUGUGCCCUGUCCCAGGCUGAGAAUGAGCUGGGUCGGUUCCUCAAGUCCCAGAGUCAGAUAGACAAGACUCGCGCAGGCAAGAUGAUGGCUGCUGUCGGCAAGGCUGAGAGCUUCUCUAGUCAACAGAGGCUUGCGCUGAGGGUGCCCCUAGUCCGCCUGUACCAGGAAGUGGAGACGUUUCGGUACCGCGCCAUCUCGGACUGCCUGAUGACGAUAAACCGGAUGGAGGCAUCGCGGACGGAGUACCGCGGCUCACUGCUGUGGAUGAAGGACGUGUCAGAACAACUGGACCCUGACACGUACAAACAGCUGGAGAAGUUCAGAAAGGUCCAGACCCAGGUGCGCAGUACUCGGGGGAAGUUUGAGAAGCUGAAGAACGACGUGUGCCAAAAGGUGGACCUGCUGGGAGCCUCUCGCUGUAACAUGUUCUCCCACACCCUGGCCACAUACCAGAACACACUGCUGCACUACUGGGAGAAAACUGCCAGGACACUCAGCGCUGUGCACGAGAGCUUCAAGGGAUAUCAGCACUACGAGUUCACUAUGCUAAAGCAACUAGAAGGUCCAGUCCAGAAGCUGAUUGAGCAGACAACAGGAGAGAGGAAGGAGGGAGAGGUGGAGAAGGGGGAGGAGGCGGAGGAGGAGGCACCUAACAGCGGUCUUGACCUUCUGCAACUUGAUGAUGAAGAAUUAGAGGACAAAGGUCAAACAGAGGACAAGUGUGACCGCUGUCAGGACGACAGAAAGAGGGAAGAAAAGAGCAGCAGAAAGGAGGAAAAGAGCAGCAGACAGGAGGAAGAAGAUCAGGAAGAGUACAUAGAUGAAACCACAAGACUAAUAUCGUUUGGUGAGGACAGGAGCGGCGCGCCGGCGGGCGGGACGGGUAACGGCGUGGACACGGCAGAGAACGGGGACGACGACGACCUGCUGAACAUGAUCGACGAGCUGACAGUCGGGGAGGACGAGGAGUUCACCAACUUCGCAGACUCACGACUCGACCUGCAGAAACAACGUCAGGAACACGACAUGGAAGUCCCUUCAGAAAAUGAAGGCCUCGCCCCUCUCACAAACUCACAAGACACUAACCAAUCAGAGGACAAGGAGGGUGCAGGGAAAGACCUUCUGUCCGACGAACCUGCCAGCAACGACCUUGACCUUGACAAGGAUGACAUGACCUUGCUCAACGAGAUCCUGAAUGCCCCCUCAACAGGUGAGGAUGAGUUUGCUCAGUCAUGGCAGGCGGUGUACGGGAACCAGCCUCCCCCCAUGCAGAUCCCCGGGGGUCUGACGGGGGAGGGAGAGGGCAGCAUGCGACAGUUCCUCCCCUCACAGCUGCUGGAGAUGCAGGCUGCCAUGAGCACGCAGGGAGGUCAACCACCCGUCCCGGGAGGUCCCCAGGGCAUGGUGCCGCUGCAGGGCGCGCCCGGCCAGCCUCCCAUGAUGCCCCCUGCCAUGCCUGCUGCAGCAGCUCCCCCUGGUAACCAGCAGCAGAACAGCAUGCAGCAGGGACAGCAGCAACAACAACAACCACUGCUGCAACAGGAGCAGAAAGGUGAGGAUGGAAAGCCAGGAAAAGGCGUCGGCAAAGACAUGUCUGCCUGGUUCAACCUGUUUGCAGACCUGGACCCGCUCGCCAACCCUGACGCCAUCGGAAGGAAAGAAGGAGAGAACCAGGAGGAGAGGAAUUGCUGAGGCCCCAGGGCUGGCCCUUGCAGCCACAGUGUGUGCCUGUUUGGUAGCAAAGUAGAAAAAAAAGAUAACUCUAUUAAGUUAAAUAUAAAAAAAUUAAAUCCCAAGAGCUGAUAUUCACACCAGCUGACAGCAGUGAUGCUAGACCUCCACAGCCCACCAGUGUUGUCAUGACUCUAGAAUAAACAAUAAACAAAAACAACCAUAUACCAUAUAAGGGCAAAACACUGACCAAUCAGCUUGGUCCAUCUGUGUCUCUAUGGUUACCACCAAUGAAUGUGACCAAUAACAGCAGUCUGUGUCUGUUGCUAUAGCUACCAGCUCACUGAUAUGGAACAAAAAUCGUCUCUUGCAGUUGCUAGGCAGUGGCCCUGUCAGUUGCCAUGGAAACCACGACAACACAAGCUGUCUCCAAGGUUACCAGAAUUGUUUAUCAUAGUUCGUUUCUGUGUUUGUUUCAUGGUUACUCGGUUGACGAUAGCCAAUCAUUUCUGGUUACCAUAUUUGUACAUAGGCAAAAUGGCUUCUAUAAGUUGCCAUGGUUACCAGCCUGAAGUCUAGCCAAUCAGCACAGUCCGUUGGUCUCCAUAGUAACCAGGAGGAGGAAACUCUCCAAGAGGUUAAAUUUGUACCACUGUAACAUUAUAAUUACUCUAGCCCUGAAUAAUAUGCAAGAAUUAAUUGAACAAGAGACCAGAAGGCUAACUGAAGUCAGCUCAAGCAAAAUUCUCAUUUAGUUAGAAAAUAUAGACUCCAACUUUGUCAUACAAGCAGAUAAAAACAUGCAGGAUUUGUAUCACUAGUGUCACGUGACCCAAGAUGGAAAAAAAAAACUAUAACUGUAAUCAACCAUGCAGUUUAGGAGCUCGAUACAUUUAUGUAGCCAGGCUGUUGCUGACAGAACAAAACUAUUGCAACAAUCUGUAGGUUUGCUACAUAACUUCAACCUACCAAAGCGAGGUACAUAAUUAUGAUAUACAGUACAUGUGAAAGUUCCUGUGCUGCAGAAUUUCUGUAUAUAGCCUGCCGUUGGAACGUUCCACUGUCAGGUGUGAAACAGGUGGGGAAAAAUGACCACCUCACCUGGCCAGCUUUCUGUCUUUCAGCCUCUAGGAGUUUAUUAUGGCAAUUCAACAUUUUGUAGCUAAAGAUCUUGGCAUUCCUUGUCUUCAGUUGAACACAAAGCGUUAAAUGCGUCGAUGAAGGUUAGACAUCCAGGUAAUACGAUACGCCAAAAAGCAGUUACUCAAGCAA